AUGCUUCGAGACUUCAAAAAGACGGAAGCCUAUCCCUUUGCUCAAGGAUCCUUUGGUGAAGUAUGGAAGGGAGAAGUCGAUGGAACGCAGGUCGCUAUCAAACGAGCGAGGAUAUUCACAAGUGACAGUAACAUUGAGAAAGUCCUACGGAAAAUACGACGAGAAGCCAUCAUCUGGACUCAACUUUGUGAUCAUCCCAAUGUCCUACCCUUCUAUGGCAUCUAUCAUGAUUUUGCCCCUUCUUCCUACUGCCUCGUAUCGCCAUUCAUGCCUAGUGGAUCCCUCCAUCAAUAUAUGAAUAACACCAGCCAUCCCGAUCAGCACAAACUCGCCCUAGAUGUUACCCAUGGCAUGAACUACCUCCACAAACUUCUCAUCAUUCACGGUGAUCUCAAAGGGGAUAACAUACUGAUCACCAACGAUCAUAGAGCAGUCAUCGCGGAUUUCGGUUUAUCCUUUGUAAUGGGUGUUACAACCUUCACGACUUCAUCUUCACCACAUAAGGGUGGCACCUUAAGGUGGCAAGCUCCAGAAGUCCUCAACGCUAGUCCCAACAGCCUCCUAGCAGACGUAUAUUCACUCACAUGUGUGUACUUUGAGAUAUUCAACAGGACGAUACCCUGGGAGAACAUCAAGGAUGUUGCCAUCAUCGUGAAUGUCAGUGUCAAGAAGGAGCACCCUGGGCAUCCGAGAUACCUUGUGUCAACUGCUUGGCAUGCAGAGUUGUGGUGGGAUCUCAUGACAAGAUGCUGGGCCUAUGAUCCUUCGCAUCGACCCACUCUGCCUGAAAUCAUGGCUGAUCUCUGUGUGAUGCAGGAUAUGCCAAUGAUGAUGGAGACACAGUCACGGUGGGAUAAGUCUACCACAAUACGGCUACGCAACCCAUUAAUCCGAGGGGAAUUGGUUGUUCCUUCGGGCCUUCCUCGGUUUUUGAACUUGGAGGGAUUGUCGGAUGGUUAA